AUGUUCAGUGUUAAGAGCUUCCUUUGGCAUGGUGGCUCUGUUUGGGAUGCAUGGUUCAGCUGUGCCUCUAACCAGGUGGCUCAAGUGCUGUUGACACUGCCAUAUUCAUUCUCGCAAUUGGGGAUGGUAUCAGGAAUAGUGCUUCAGGUGUUCUACGGCAUCAUGGGAAGUUGGACUGCAUAUCUCAUUAGUGUCCUUUAUGUCGAAUAUCGCUCCAGAAAGGAAAAGGAAAACGUUAAUUUCAAGAACCAUGUCAUUCAGUGGUUCGAAGUUCUUGAUGGGUUGCUAGGCAAAUAUUGGAAAGCAUUGGGGUUAGCCUUCAAUUGUACUUUCCUCCUCUUUGGAUCAGUGAUACAGCUUAUAGCAUGUGCAAGUAACAUAUACUACAUAAAUGACAAACUGGACAAGAGGACUUGGACUUACAUAUUUGGAGCUUGUUGUGCUACCACUGUCUUCAUUCCUUCUUUCCAUAAUUACCGUAUUUGGUCUUUUCUUGGACUUGGAAUGACCACUUACACUGCUUGGUAUUUAGCUAUUGCUGCUCUUGUUCAUGGCCAGGUAGAAAAUGUGACACAUUCAGGUCCAACGAAGCUAGUACUAUACUUCACCGGAGCCACCAACAUACUCUACACCUUUGGUGGACAUGCAGUUACUGUAGAGAUUAUGCAUGCGAUGUGGAAGCCACAGAAGUUCAAGUACAUAUACUUGUUGGCUACAUUGUAUGUUUUCACAUUAACGAUUCCUUCAGCUGCUGCUGUUUAUUGGGCUUUUGGUGAUGAGCUUCUUAACCAUUCCAAUGCUUUCUCUCUCCUCCCAAAGAAUGCUUUUCGUGAUUCAGCUGUUAUUCUCAUGCUUAUUCACCAGUUCAUAACAUUUGGAUUUGCAUGUACUCCAUUGUACUUUGUGUGGGAGAAAGUAAUUGGGAUGCAUGACACAAAGAGCAUUUGUAUGAGAGCACUAGCAAGGUUACCGGUGGUGAUACCAAUAUGGUUCUUAGCCAUAAUAUUCCCUUUCUUUGGUCCCAUCAACUCUGCUGUUGGUGCUCUUCUUGUUAGCUUCACUGUCUACAUCAUCCCUUCCUUGGCUCAUAUGCUUACUUAUAGAAAAUCCUCUGCAAGACAGAAUGCUGCAGAGAAGCCUCCUUUCUUCAUGCCAAGCUGGACAGCAAUGUAUGUGAUCAAUGCAUUUGUUGUGGUGUGGGUUUUGGUGGUUGGGUUUGGAUUCGGAGGAUGGGCCAGCAUGACCAAUUUCAUCAAGCAAAUUGACACGUUUGGGCUUUUCGCAAAGUGCUAUCAGUGCAAGCCCCCGGUGGCCGCAGCCGCACCUCCGCCUCAUUCUCAUCCUCCUAGUCUUCAUCAUUGAGAACAACUUACCUAUACAUAGUAGACUUCAAAAAGAAACUACCCCUUUUUUUUCUUUUUCCUUAGACUUAAUAUUUCAUAGGUAAAAAAUUAUAUGAAGUUGUUUUUAUGUGAAAUUAUUAAUUAAGAAUCGUUAGAUGAUAAUUUAGUUAAA